GAAUCUGUCUAUGGUGGUAUUUUGACAAACGAUAUUAGGAAAGAACAUUGGAAUUUGAAAAAUUUUUGUAGAAAUUAAUUCUGAAAAUAAAAUUAUGGAACCAUAAAAGUUUUAUAAUAGGGGAGAAGCAUUUCAUGCGAAAAACACUCACAGUUGCCUUCCUAUUAAUAAUAAUAGUCUCAAUUAUGGCUUGGAGAUCCCAUGGAAAAACUAAUUUGGAACUGGUUAGGAAUUUGAGAGCAAAUGGCAUCAUCAAAAGCGAUAAUGUGGAAAAUGCAAUGCUCUCAGUUGAUAGAAGUCAUUAUUGUAAAAACAAUGCUUAUAUAGACCAACCCCAAAGUAUUGGUUAUGGUGUUACCAUAAGUGCACCUCAUAUGCAUGCACAUGCAUUGGAAUUAUUAAAAGAUCAAUUGACCAAGGGUACAAGAGCCUUAGACGUUGGCUCUGGCAGUGGUUACCUUACUGCUUGUAUGGCGCUAAUGAUGGGUGAAAAAGGUGUUGCGGUAGGUAUAGAUCAUAUUUCUGAGUUAGUUGAAACAUCAAAAAUGAACAUUAUGAAGGAUAAUCCUGAAUUACUUGAAACUGAACGAGUGAAACUUAUAACUGGCGAUGGUAGAAAAGGCUAUUCAGAAAUGGCUCCAUAUGAUGCAAUCCAUGUAGGGGCAGCAGCUCCUACUUUACCUGCAGACUUAGUAUCACAAUUGAAGGUUGGUGGACGACUAGUCAUUCCUGUGGGCCCUUCAGGAGGUGAUCAGCAAUUGGAACAAAUAGAUAAGUUGGAGGAUGGUUCGAUAUCAAGAAAAAUUUUGAUGGGUGUAGUCUAUGUUCCGUUAACGGAUAAAUCAAGACAAUGGCCCAAUAUCAAUUGACUUAAAAAGGGUUCACUAAUAUUUUUUGUGAUUAUUGUCUUAUGGAUUCUGAAGAAAUUUAUUGUUCAGUUGCUGUAUCCAUAAUUUUGAUUGGUUAGUUGAAUUUAUUUAAUUUUGAUUAUAUAUUUUAAAUAACUGUGAUUUGUGCUAACUCCGCUUAGUUUCUGCUUUACCUGAAAUGUAUGAAAGAAGAGUAUUAAACAAAUCUAUGUUAAAAGAUGUUAUGAAUCAAAUUAAAGACAUAACAUUCAAAUUUA